GUGCCAGUGUCUUUUUAGCGCGCAACGUGACAUGACUUUAGACCAUUGUAGUUUGCCGACUGUUUUUUUGUUUUUUUUACCAUUUUUCUAAUAUAACACAGAUAUCAGUUGACUUUCCUAACUUUCUAAAACAUCGUUUCCAGGAUUAUCUUAAUAUCUCUAUAUUUUACCUACCCGCCUCUGGACUUUAAUUGUUUUCGGCAUCUUCCUUUUUGGUACAAAUGGCAAAGUUAAAUACAGGCUUUAAAAGGUGGAGCCUUGAUUGCCAUGACGUAUCAAUAGAAGUAAUGGAAGAUCUCGGAUUAUCUGCAAUGGAUGAUGAUUCAAAUUCUUGUAGCAAUCCUUCAAUUAAAGAAGUGCCAGACCAAAUCCCAGAACCUGCUGUUAAAAGGAAAGAAUGUUCACCAAUUGCACCUUCGUUAGUUACAAUGGAAUUCUCAGAAGAUGACCAGUCUUGUGAUAGCUUUCUGCUAUCAAAGCGAAUGAGAGUAGAAGGACCACCUGGCAUUGAUGGUUUCUCUCGACUGUCAGAUGAAGUCAUACUUAGUGUAUUCAAAUGGCUGCCAAAAUCUACAAUUGCCAAGUGUGCUCAGGUGUCAAAACGAUGGAAAAGAUUGUCCUAUGAUGAAGUUCUAUGGAGGAGGUUAGAUCUGAGUAGCACCUGCCUGAAGCCCACUAUUCUUGGUACUGUUCUUUUAAGAGGGACUCAAGUUUUAAGACUUGCUAAAACUGAGAUUUGUGAUCCAAUAUAUCCUGCCUGUUCUCCCUCUCCUCAAGAAUGCCCAAGUUACCAAAAUCUGCAGUUUUUGGAUUUGAGUAUGUCAUCUAUUUCACCACAAGGCCUCUUUGAAUUAUUUGAGACUUGUAGAAAUCUUAAAAAACUUAGCAUGGAACAUUGUAUUAUUGAUGAAAGAGCAUGCAAGGCACUGAGUAAAAAUGAACAGCUUGAAGUUCUUAAUAUGUCAAUGUGUUAUGGUGUUGGGGUUGUUGAGCUGAAAUGGAUAGUGGAGGGAUGCAAAAAACUUGAGAGUUGGAAUCUAGCUUGGACAGAUUUAAGUACUGAAGCGCUACAGUUGCUCUGCUCGUCAGCACCAAAAACGUUGGAGCGCAUCAACAUAAGUGGCUGUCGGAUGACCCUCAAAGAUGAAAAUGUGCUUUCACUAUGCCAACGAUGCCCAAAGCUAGUAGAAUUGGAUAUCAGCGAUGCAACGGCUGUGACGUCGACUUGUGUGAAUUACAUUCAUGAAAAUUUGACACGGUUAGAAUACUUGGCCAUGGCACGCUGCUACAAUGUGCCACUCUCCGUAUAUCUAGUGUUUCAAAGAAGUGGCCUCUUGUAUCUUGAUAUAUUUGGUCUGUUGACGGAAACGAUGCUUACCACACUUCGGACUAAGCUACCGAACAUCGAAAUCAACAAGUUUUACUUUUCUAGUGUGGCAAGACCCACAAUUGGAAUUCGACGAACCUCCAUUUGGGGGAUAAAAGUCAGGGAGUGAAAUCACAAGUCAUGUUUGUUAUAUACAUUAGGAAUACAUUUUGAUGUAUUCAUAGCUAACAUGUAGAAAAAUUAGAAAAAAUUUAUCAACGACGAAAACACUUCAGUAUCAUUCAA